GGAUGUGCUGCCUUAGCAGAAGUCAAUACACUGGGCGGAAGUGUCAGUCCCAAUGGGUCGUACCGAGGAUGCAUUGAUCAACAGCAGUGCAGACCUCUUGCCUUCACCUUGACCACAGCUCCUGGACGCCACAUCCAAAGCAAUAUGGCAUGUUGCUCAACAGAUAUGUGCAAUGAACGGUUGGAACUAAGCAUUCCCACAUUUGGAACUUUGGAAAAUGGGGUGUCUUGCCCUGCCUGUGAAACCGACAACCAGAAAAUGUGUGAAAUCAAAAGUCACAUUGCCUGCACUGGAACUGAGGAGAAAUGCAUUACUCUUACAGGAGAAUCUACUGGUUCUACAAAUCAAUCAUUCUCCAUCAAAGGCUGUGCGACUAAGAAUGCUUGCAGCUUGCUACAGAAUGAGCUGGUGCCAUUUGGAGGGAAGAUGUAUAAGCUGACCAUGAAAGCAGCUUGCACUGACAGGGGAGUGUUGGGUGUGAUUUCCUCCUCAGGCAUCAUUUUUUCUUCCCUUGCUGGAGUCCUCUUAGUCCAGAACCUCUCCUGAAGACAUCUGGUUCCUCCUCUGUGCUUGAUAAAAAGGCCACCAUCUGGGUGGUCUCCAAAAUUGCAAAUAAAAAUUUCAAGUUCUUUUCCAUCA